AGACAUGUCGGCGCUAACGAGGGAGGCUGACAGGCCGUCUGACAGCGGCAACUGUGCCCUGCCGGAUGCCUGGAACGGCGAAUGGUUCCUUUCCGGCGUGGUCGGUGUGAUCAACAUUAAUCAGAAUUCCAUCACCGGAAAAGGAGAGUGUGUCCUUCAAAAGUCCGAUAAAUUCAUCCACAAAUUUCUUCUCUAUAAUCGAGUGCAGAAUUGCAGUCAGUGUAUCAUCACAUCUAGUCCACAACAGCAUCCGAAUGUCAUACAGUUUAAAGAAAGCUACUGUGUGCCAUCCGAAGAGCAAUACUCCUUUGAGGAACUCUGUGAUACGAUAACCGGAAACGCGGAUUUAUUCACAAUGUUUCGCCUUAAUGCAGAACCGGAACGGUGUCCCUUCAACGGACGAUAUUCGUUCACAUAUACACAAGGCUACACGGAAUGCAGCAAUCCGGUAUCGCAGACGGAGACCUGUGUUAAGGACUCGGAGAUGAUGCUGCAUUACAAAUCCUGCCCGGAUGCCACAGAAGAACGCAAUGUCAAACUGGAGUGUCUGGGAUCGUGGCGCAACGGAGAGAACUGGUACCUUAUCGGUCGCAUCACGCACACGAUGGCCAACAGCAAUGAAGAGAUUUUUCGCUGCUUUAUGUAUAAAAUGACGGAUUCUGGAGUGCAGUUGGCGCAGUCGGCCGACGCAACAUGUAAUGCACUGUAUUCCCCACAGGAGGGACCGCAGACGUUAACACUGACACCAGAAAAUGACCCCGAGCCAAACUGCGUGUUUCCGCUGUGGCUGAGCGAGCGGAGAAGCUGGCACGCCAUGGAAUCAGAUGUCCAGUUCCGUUUUGCCGCUUCC